GAUCCAACAUGGCGGCUGCGGCGACCCUGGCGAUGGCGGUGGAGCCCAUGAGAACAGAGUAGCGGGGAAGGGGGCACGGUCCGCACUCACGGUGGCGCCGGCGGAGACUGCUGAGGGUGGUGGAGGGAAGAAAAGCGACGGAGAGGCAGAGGAAGGGCGGGCAGGCACGCAGCGCGACGUAGAAGCGAGCGCCGGCUCGAGCGAAAGCGGAGAGCCAGAACAGUGGGGAUGGCGGAGCCGCGCAGAGUAGCGUUCAUUAGCCUGUCACCGGUGAGGCGGCGCGAGGCCGAGUACCCGGGGACGGAGCGCGAGCCCGAGUACCUCCGGGAACCCCCCCGCCUGGAGCCGCAGCCGUACCGCGAGCCGGCCCGGGUGGAGCCGCCCGCCCCGCGGGAGCCAGCCCCCCGCUCGGACGCGCAGCCCCCGCCGCGGGAGAAGCCGCUCCCCCAGCGCGAGGUCAGCCGCGCCGAGCCGCCCAUGUCGCUGCAGCGCGAACCCCCGCGGCCCGAGCCGCCGCCGCCGCCGCCGCCGCCGCUCCCGCAGCUGCCCCUACAGCCGCCCCCGCCGCGGGAGUCGGCUUCGCGGGCCGAGCGGCCGCCGCGGCCGCCGCGGGAGACGGUGCGCCUGGAGCUGGUGCUCAAGGACCCCACGGACGAGAGCUGCGUGGAGUUCAGCUACCCGGAGCUGCUGCUGUGCGGAGAACAACGGAUUCUUGAAAAUAGUGAAUUGGAGCAUUUUUUUCCCCAAAAGAAGCUGGUUCAGACAGAAGACCCAUUUAAUGAUGCGCAUCAGGAGAGGCAAGAAGUGGAAAUGUUGGCUAAGAAAUUUGAAAUGAAAUAUGGUGGGAAACCCCGUAAACACCGGAAGGAUCGGCUACAAGAUUUAAUUGAUAUAGGCUUUGGCUAUGAUGAGACAGAUCCGUUUAUUGAUAACUCAGAGGCUGUGAGUAAUGUAUCUUUAAUAUGGCAGCAAAUUCUUUGGGAUAGUGGAAGUCAAGGGAAAGUAACAUAAAUAAGUUAAUGAAUGCUUUGCUUGUGCUUUUUCAAGCCAUGCUCACUGCUUAAAAAUUUGAACUUUUUAAAAAAAGAAUACUGCACAUUUAAAUUUUUGUAAUACUGUAUUGGUUCAUGGUGAGUUGUUAUACUAUUGAACUAGACCAGGUUUUGGCAAACAUUUUUUUCUGUAAAGAGUUACAUGGUAAACAUUUUAGACUGCUGGCCAUGGUCUCUGUUACAGCAAACCUGGUGUAAUGUGAGAGCAGCUCUAGAUAAUAUGUAAGUGAAUUAGUAGGCAGUAUUACAGUAAAACUUUAUGGACUCUGAAAUUUAAAUUCAUGUAAUUUUCAUAUGUCACGGUGUAUUAACCAUUUUGAUAUUUUCAACCAUUAAAAAAAUGUAGAAUCCAUUCCUACCAGGCUGGAUAAAAUAAGCCAGCCAGUUGUGGUUUGCUAACCCCCUAUUAGACCACUAUGCCUUGCUCCUCUCCAGGUCCUACAAGACUUUGUUAAGGAUCUUAGCAGUUACUUGUUUUCAGUAGUUAGUAUUAAUUCCACUGUCACCCUUUGCCCAAACUAAGACCAAAAGUAAGUUUUUAAAGGGAAAAGGAAAAAUAUUCUAACCAAAUGCUGAAAAUCAUUACAUGAAAGUAAUGGUUCUCGACCAGGGGUGAGAAAUAUUGGUAUAAUUGUCUUAACUAAGACUCAGUAAAUUAUAAUUUCUGGAGAUGAGGC